AUGUACUGGCCUCAUGGAGUUCCCCGGGUCUACGCGGUCAAUGGACCCGAUAUUACCUACGUCCCCUCUGAUGAGGAUCGCGAAACCCUGAAUACCACUCCAACGAAUGAUCGCAAUACCUUUGACGAAGACGCGGCAGCAAGAGGGGACGACGGUCAACAUGAGUCCGCAGACACCAAACCCCAUGAGUCGCAAACAAACUCCUCGGAUACUGGUAAAUCAGGAUGGGGAAGUGAAGCUAUUAGAGACAUAUGUGUCUCUCGAUCCGGCCAGAUGUUUGCCACAAUGUCAGAAACAUCAAUUGCUCUUUGGCAGACUCGGCCCACAGCAGUAGUUACAGCAAUCACUCGAUCACAAUUCUCCUUGAAAACAUACGGCGCGAAUGUUUCACUCCUUAUGCACCCGGAUUCGACUAUCCUGGUUGUACAGACCCUCAAUGGGUACCUACUCACAUACUCAGUGGCAUCGGAUUCAACAACUCAAGUCUACCAGCAGAGAUUUGACCAUUCCACACACCAUCGUCGUCAACAAUUGGCCCAGUUUGCAGCAGUUGAAGAGGCCAAUGUUGUUGGCGACAUCAGCAUCCGCUUCCGAAUGGCCAUCAAGAUCGAGUCGGGAAUCGUCAAGGCGCUGGCGCUAGACCAGGAACUUAUUGUCGCCACCGUGAAACCACCAGCUAUACAAUGCAUUCGGUGGACGGCCGAGGUGGGAGGAUCACAAACUACAUCCGAGCUAUUGAGUCGCAUCCUAGGGAUCUCGAAGAAGAUCUCGAUUUUGGACAUGGUUUACGAUCGUGCCAUGAAUUUCCUUAUCUGGAUUACCACCAGUGGCCAUGCCUAUGCCGUGCAACAAGAUACGGGCUCACAACAGGAUUCUGAAGCAGCCAAGAAGUUAUUCCUUGGACAUUGCUUCCAUAGCCCAAAGGAUGAUAGCGAAAAGGCUGUCAAGGUGACCGUAAAUGCACGCUUCUCUCUAUUGACCGUGAGCUGCUCCAACGGUGACAUCUUGGUUUACACUGCAAAAGAUUAUAUGGGCAACGUUCCGCUUUCACAAAAGCUUCAUCUACCGGCAUCGCGCACAACCACUGGGGCUUUGACUUUCAUGAGUUAUUCCCCGGAUGGAUAUUGUCUCUUUGCUGGUUUUGAAAAUGGCUGGGCAACAUGGAGUGUAUUUGGGAAGCCUGGAGGAAACAGCUUUUCGGUGGACCCGGCGUUGGCGACGGCUAAUUCGGAGGAUUGGUUGACUGGGGUGUCAAACGGGUGUUGGAUUGGUGGCGGGUCGGACAUAAUUCUCUCUGGACAUAGCGACCGUCGCCUGUGGGUUCUGGAGACAGCUCGCAGUGCUUUGACUGGCUGUUUUUCGUCUGCAAACUUGGCUAGAGGCCUUUUACAGACCGGGACUGAGUGUAUCCUCUACCGCGGCCAUGACCUUCCAGAUCUCAUGACAAUCUCCGGAAAAGACUCGUUGUGGCAUCAUGCCCAAUAUCCUCCGGCAUAUCUUCACUCCCAAUGGCCGAUUCGCUCCUGUGUCGUGUCUCAGGAUGGACGUGGCCGAUGGAAGGUGUUCGAGGAUUCGAAAGCCGAAAAUUCCUUUGCUGUGCGAGGAGGCAUGUGUUGGUACGGCCACAUACUGAUCGCAGCAGUGGAGAGUGAUGGGUCAUACGAGAUUCGUCUUUUCUCACGCGAGGCUCCUCUCGGUAACAAUUCGAUUAUGUUCAUCGAAUAUCUCCCAUCUCCAGUUGGGUUCAUUGGAACUUCUGGAGAAGAUUCGCUCCUGGUUUACACAUACGAUAACAUUCUGUACCAUUAUCUCAUUAAUUCGACACAGCCUCAAGUCAUUCUUGUCCCCGUUGGCCAGAUUGCUUUCAAUGGGAUUGUCCGGGCACCUAGUCGCGUUCGAUCAAUCAGCUGGGUAUUGCCCGAAGAGCAGAUGCGAAACGGUGAACCAUCUCAAGACGUAAAGGUUGCAUCGGUGAUUCUUCUUGUCGAUGGCAACUUGGUAUUGUUGCAGCCCACGGUCUCAGAUACGGGCGAGCUCAAAUACGACAUGCGUAUUAUAUCCCACGACGUCGAGUAUUAUAUCUUGAUGCGUGACCAGAUUUCCUUCAACUUUUCCUCGCAGGUUGAUGAAUCCCUACCCGCCAGCCCUUCAGUGGACAUGGCAUUGGAGCCACCUCACAGAAGCCUUUCGCUCCGUGACUCUCUUUGGAUGUUCCGUGGCCAAAACCUGCUAGCUUGGAACGAUGUUGAAGAUGUUUUGCAGGAGGAGAUGGUGCCGGCGCCACUCAACAUUCCCCUAGACUUUUAUCCAUUGUCUGUUUUACUGAACAAAGGCCUUGUGCUCGGCGUUGAAUCGGAAAUGAUGCAACGACGUGAUGUGACAUUCACUGUUCUGAAAUUCGCCAUCCGGACACACCUUUUCUUACCAUACUUCCUCCAAUAUGGCCUGGCCAGUAUUGGAACACCUGCGGCUCUGGCUCUCUGUCGCCACUUUUCUCAUUUAUCUUACUUCGCUCAUGGAUUGGAAAUACUCCUCCACCACGUGCUAGACGACGAAGUGGAUAACGAGAGCCGAGCAAAUAAAAGUGAAGAUCCACAAGCCCGACCAGAACCACUACUCCCAACCGUCAUUGCUUUCCUCCAAGCCUCGCUUGCCCCCAGAGAUUACCUUGAGAUUGUUGUACAAUGUACACGGAAAACAGAGCUUCGAUCGUGGCGCACACUAUUCGCCUACCUGCCCCCACCUAAGGAUCUAUUCGAACAGGCCUUGAAACUUGACUCCCUCAAAACUGCAGUUGGAUACCUCCUCGUGCUACAAGCUUUCGAGGAUGAGGAGGAAGGACAUGAUGGCCGCAUCGAAGAAUACGUUGUUCGGUUGAUUGCUCUAGCAUCCCAGAAGGAAGACUGGGAGCUGUGCGCUGAGCUGGCCCGCUUCCUCAUUGCCCUGGAUGCUUCGGGCGAGAUGCUUCGACGCGCAAUUUCCCGAGUUGGUCUGCGGCCCGACUCUAGGCCUCCCACUAAAGGCGCGUUUUCUGGGUCAGCACGGUUUGGUCCGGCAGGUGUCCAAGGUCUGGGCUUAAACCUCCCAAUGAGGUCGCCAUCAUGGACGUCUCUACCCCCAGCAUCGUCUCUUUCGCCCCUUCCAAGCCGGCAAAAUGGUGAUGUGUCAGAUGAGAAUCCGUAUGCAGCGGAUGAGUAA